AUGAGGUACGUCGUAGGAGGUGAUUUCCUCCUCAAUCCCAUUCUCUUACGCGGGUUUUCUGGUUCUGUGCACCUAGUUUUGUUGCUUAUUCUAUUUAUCUCAUGGGUUUGCAAGAAAAUUAGGAUCAAUAAGACUGAGGGCCAAAAACAGAGUGUUAGAAUCACCAGAAAUGGUUGGUCUGAGGAAAAGGUUGUGACCCUUUUAGAUUUGGUAAUCAAAACACUUGCUUGGUUAGUUCUCUCUGUUUUCUUGCACACCCAGUUCUUUAAUUCAGGUGCAUCAAAGUUCCCAGUUGCUUUAAGAGUUUGGUGGGGGUUUUUCUUCUCUAUCUCUUGUUAUUCCCUUGCUGUGGACUUUGUUUAUUACAAAAAGCACCGAGCUUUACCAGUUCAAUUUUGGGUGUCUGACAUAGUUUGUAGUAUUUCUGGGUUGUUCUUCUGUUUUGUGGGGUUUUUAGGUAAGAAAGAAGGUGAAAAUGCCCUUCUUCAAGAACCCCUUUUGAAUGGUAGUGCUAGUAAUGGUAUAGAGUCCAUUAAGUCUGGUGGGGGUGAAACUGUGACCCCUUAUUCCAGUGCUAGUUUCUUUAGUGUCCUUACUUUCUCUUGGAUGGGUAAUUUGAUUGCUGCCGGCUCCAAAAAAACUUUGGACCUCGAGGAUGUUCCUCAGCUUGCCAGUAUUGAUAGUGUCAGGUCGGCUUUUCCAAUUUUGAGAAAUGAGGUAGAAUCGGAUUGCGAGAGUAGUAGUAAAGUGACAACAUUUGUGCUGGUGAAGGCUUUGAUUUUCACGGUAUGGAAGGAAAUUCUAUUAUCAGCUUUUCUUGUGCUUGCUUACACAUUGGCUACUUAUGUCGGCCCCUACCUCAUUGAUACUUUCGUUCAAUACCUUAAUGGUCGUCGCGGAGUCAAAAACGAAGGUUAUCUUUUGGUUUCUACAUUCUUCAUUGCAAAGGUAGUUGAGUGUCUUGCACAGAGGCACUGGUUUUUUAAGGCCCAACAGGCUGGAUUUAGAGCUAGGGCUGCAUUAGUUGCCAUGAUCUACAAUAAGGGUUUGACCCUUUCAUGUCAAUCAAAACAGAGUCACACUAGUGGGGAGAUCAUCAAUUUCAUGACCGUUGAUGCGGAGAGAAUUGGUGAAUUCGGUUGGUAUAUGCAUGAUCCUUGGAUGGUGCUCUUACAAGUUGCUUUGGCUUUGGCAAUCUUAUACAAAAAUCUUGGGCUUGCUUCAAUUGCUACAUUUGUUGCUACUGUGCUAGUGAUGUUGGCAAACUUUCCUUUGGGAAAGUUGCAGGAGAAAUUUCAGGAAGAACUAAUGGCAUCUAAAGAUCGAAGGAUGAAGUCCACGUCCGAAAUUUUGAGGAACAUGAGGAUUCUCAAGCUUCAGGGUUGGGAGAUGAAGUUCUUGUCAAAAAUUGUCGAGCUCAGGAACACGGAGGCAGGAUGGUUGAGAAGAUACGUGUACACUACCGCCAUGACCUCUUUUGUUUUUUGGGUCGCCCCAACAUUUGUGUCUGUGGCCACGUUUGGUGCUUGUAUGCUUAUGGGAAUCCCACUGGAAUCAGGGAAGAUAUUGUCUGCACUUGCAACAUUUAGAAUACUUCAAGAGCCUAUUUAUAAUCUUCCUGAUACAAUUUCAAUGAUUGCUCAGACCAAAGUUUCCCUUGACCGAAUUGCUUCAUUCCUCCGUCUUCAUGACCUGCAGCCGGAUGUUAUACAGGUGCUGCCGAGAGGUACAUCUGACACAGCCAUAGAGAUAGUUGAUGGGAAUUUUACUUGGGAUGUGUCUUCUCCUACUUCAACUCUCAAAGAUAUAAAUCUCAGGGUGUCUCGUGGAAUGAGGGUUGCUGUUUGCGGUACCGUUGGUUCAGGCAAGUCGAGCUUAAUCUCUUCUAUCUUGGGAGAAAUGCCCAAAAUAUCUGGAGCUAUUAUGCUAAGUGGAACAAAGGCUUACGUUGCUCAGUCACCCUGGAUACAGAGUGGGAAGAUUGAGGAAAAUAUACUUUUUGGUAAGGAAAUGGACAGAGAGCGGUAUGAGAAGGUUCUUGAAGCGUGUUCCUUAAAGAAAGACCUGGAAAUUCUCUCCUUCGGUGAUCAGACGGUUAUAGGUGAGAGAGGAAUCAAUUUGAGUGGUGGACAGAAACAGAGAAUACAGAUUGCGCGUGCCCUGUACCAAGAUGCUGAUAUCUAUCUUUUUGAUGAUCCAUUUAGUGCGGUGGAUGCUCAUACAGGGUCCCAUCUUUUCAAGGAAUGUUUACUGGGGCUUCUGGGUACUAAAACAGUUGUUUAUGUUACUCAUCAAGUGGAAUUCUUACCUGCUGCAGAUCUUAUCCUGGUCAUGAAAAAUGGGAGAAUUUCGCAAGCUGGAAAAUAUGAAGACAUUCUAAAUUCAGGAAGCGACUUUAUGGAACUUGUGGGUGCCCAUAAGGAAGCUUUAUUGGUGCUUGAUUCUGUAGAAACACGUUCAGGCUCAGGAAAAUCAAAUAUCAGCGAGGAAGUUGGUGGUAUUGGGGAUGCUAAGAAGGUUCUCAAGGAUGAGAAAACUGCAGUUGGUCAAAAUGGCAAAGCAGAUGAUGUUGGGGGGCCAAAAGGUCAGCUUGUUCAAGAAGAAGAAAGAGAGAAAGGUAAAGUUGGUUUUUCAGUCUACUGGAAAUAUAUCACAACUGCGUAUGGAGGAGCACUUGUGCCCUUUAUAUUGUUGGCACAAGUUUUGUUUCAGCUACUUCAAAUUGGAAGCAAUUACUGGAUGGCAUGGGCAACUCCGGUCUCCAGCAAUGUACCGGCUCCUGUUGGAGGCUCUACUCUUCUAGUUGUCUAUGUAGCUUUGGCAAUCGGAAGUUCUUUUUGCAUCCUUUCGAGGGCCUUACUUCUUGUAACGGCUGGGUACAAGACUGCCACAAUACUGUUCAAUAAAAUGCACUUCUGCCUUUUUCGCGCCCCUAUGUCUUUCUUUGAUGCCACCCCUAGCGGACGAAUUCUGAACAGAGCAUCUACGGACCAAAGUGCAGUGGAUUUGAACAUUUCAUUUCAAGUUGCCGCUUUUGCCUUCUCAAUAAUACAACUUCUGGGAAUUAUUGCAGUAAUGUCGCAGGUUGCUUGGCAGGUCUUCAUCAUUUUUAUUCCUGUCAUUGCAAUUUGCAUCUGGUUACAGCAAUAUUACAUAACUUCAGCACGAGAAUUGGCACGGUUAAUUGGAGUAUGCAAAGCUCCAGUUAUACAACAUUUUGCUGAAACAAUCUCAGGAUCAACUACAAUUAGAAGUUUUGAUCAGGAAUCUAGAUUCCGGGACACAAAUAUGAAAUUGAUAGAUGGGUAUUCUCGCCCAACAUUUCACAGUUCUGGUGCAAUGGAGUGGCUAUGCAUUCGCUUGGAUAUUGAGCCUCCUCUUGUUAUAGAAUCAAACGGGCCAGAGGCAGACGGUCACUGGCCAUCACAAGGUGAAGUUGACAUUCGUGAUCUCAAGGUGCGAUAUGCCCCACACAUGCCACUUGUGUUAAGAGGCCUCACAUGCACUUUCUCUGGACGAAAGAAGACUGGCAUUGUAGGAAGGACGGGCAGUGGUAAAUCAACACUUAUACAGACACUCUUCCGUAUUGUUGAACCCGAUGGUGGACACAUUUUUAUAGAUGAUAUCAACAUCUCUUUGAUCGGGCUGCAUGAUUUAAGAUCUAGAUUGAGUAUAAUUCCACAGGAUCCAACCAUGUUUGAGGGGACGAUAAGAGGAAACCUGGAUCCACUGGAAGAGCAUACGGACGAACAGAUUUGGGAGGCUCUCGAUAAGUGUCAGCUUGGAGACGAUGUUAGGAAGAAGGAAGGCAAACUUGAUUCAGCAGUUAAUGAGAAUGGAGAUAAUUGGAGUGUGGGUCAAAGACAGCUGGUCUGUCUUGGCCGUGUGUUACUCAAGAAAAGCAAGGUUUUGGUGCUUGACGAGGCUACAGCAUCAGUUGAUGCAGCAACUGAUAAUCUGAUUCAGCAAACCUUGAGGCAACACUUCUCCGACUCCACAGUCAUAACAAUUGCACAUAGAAUAACAUCUGUGCUCGACAGUGACAUGGUCCUACUAUUAGAUCAUGGAUUAAUCGAGGAAUAUGAUACUCCAACCAAGUUGCUGGAAAACAAGUCAUCUUCGUUUGCUAGGCUCGCAGCAGAGUAUAGCAUGAGAUGA